AACAAUGCUUUACUUCUACAAAACCCCAUUUUUUUUAAGGUAAGCUGAAGACACCCCAUUUUCUCAUAUGGCCAUACCUUCACAUAUUUGAACCCAAUCCGAGUUAGUGAACAAGAUUCCUUGAAAGCGAGGGGAUUUAAUUAUAUGGUUUAUGGUAGUUAUAUUGUACGUAGGGUGGUAAGUAUAGUAAGUGGUAAAGCAAGCCAUCGCGUUGAUAGAUUUGGACCUUCCAAAUCCCAAUAAAAACGAGUCAUCUUCCUCAGUGUCCCGCUUUUAACUCCGACACGAAAAUUCCCAGAAAACGCAACGCCUUUCUUCUUCUUCCUCCUCUGUAUAAUCGUCUUCUUUUGCUACUUUCUCUCUUCUCUGUUAAACCAAGGAGAGAGAGAAUAGAAAGAGGGACAAAAUUGAUCAUUUUAUUAGUAGAAAGAGAAAAAUGGCGCCUGCUAUGGAUCAACGCCCAAGAUCUUUGAAGCCUAUCACCAUUCAUGGAUAUGCUCAGUCUGGUGAUCUUGUUGGCUUUCAGAGAUUGCUAAAAGAAAACCCUUCUCUUCUUAAUGAACGUAAUCCUGUGAUGGUGCAAACUCCUCUUCAUGUUGCUGCUGGCUACAACAAUGUUGAGAUUGUUAAAAUUUUGCUAAAUUGGAAGGGACUAGAGAAGGUUGAAAUGGAAGCCAAGAAUAUGUAUGGGGAGACUCCGUUACACAUGGCUGCGAAAAAUGGCUGCAAUGAAGCUGCUAAGCUGCUUCUUUCUCAUGGUGCUUUUGUGGAGGCCAAAGCCAAUAAUGGAAUGACGCCCUUGCAUCUUGCUGUUUGGCAUUCACUUCGAUCAGAUGACUGCUCUACAGUAAAUACCUUGCUUGAGUAUUAUGCUGAUUGCAAUGCUAAGGACGAUGAUGGCCUGACCCCUCUGAACCAUCUAUCACCAGGUCCUGGUAGUGAGAAAUUGCGGCAAAUAUUAAAUCAAUAUCUUGAGGAGCAGAGGAAGCGCAAAGCCCUUGAAACUUGUAGUCAGACAAAAUCUAAGAUGGAUGAACUUGAGUGUGAAUUGUCAAACAUUGUGGGUUUAAAUGAACUCAAAUUGCAGUUGAGGAAAUGGGCAAGGGGAAUGCUUCUCGAUGAAAGGCGUAGGGCUCUUGGAUUAAAAGUGGGUGCUCGAAGACCACCGCACAUGGCAUUUCUUGGCAAUCCAGGAACAGGCAAAACUAUGGUGGCCAGAAUUCUUGGAAAAUUACUCCAUAUGGUGGGAAUUUUGCCAACUGAUAAAGUGACGGAAGUGCAGAGGACAGAUUUGGUGGGCGAAUUCGUUGGUCACACUGGGCCAAAGACUAGGAGAGUGAUUAAAGAAGCUGAAGGGGGGAUUCUUUUUGUGGAUGAAGCCUACCGUCUUAUACCGAUGCAGAAAUCAGAUGAUAAGGAUUAUGGAUUGGAGGCUUUAGAAGAGAUAAUGUCAAUAAUGGACAAUGGGAAGAUAGUUGUCAUAUUCGCUGGAUACAGCGAGCCUAUGAAGCGAGUAAUAUGUUCCAAUGAAGGAUUUUGCAGAAGGGUGACCAAGUUUUUCUAUUUUGAUGAUUUUAAUUCUAAGGAUCUUGCCAACAUUACCCAUGUAAAGAUGAACAACCAAGUUGAAAGUAGCUUAUUAUACGGAUUUAGGUUACAUUCUCUCUGCACGUUGGAUGCUAUUGCAGCGUUGAUUGAGAGAGAAACCACUGUAACGCAACGACAGGAAAUGAAUGGGGGUUUGAUUGAUCCGAUGUUGGCUAAUGCUCGGGAGAAUUUGGACCUUAGGCUUAGCUUUGAUUGUAUGGACUCAGAUGAGUUGCUGACUAUCACAUUAGAGGAUUUAGAGGCAGGCCUUCGAUCUCUGUCAGCUGUCACAGUAAGAAGUCCGGACCAACCAAGAAGGGAUUAUAAGAAGCUUUAGUUACGAAUAUUUAAGGGCAUAGGUGUCAUGAUCAAUCUUUCGGCGUUCAUCAAUUUUCUUCCUCAAUUCUUUUGUACGGAGUGUUAGAUUUGUUCAUCACUCCUCUAUCCUUGGUGCUGCAGGAAAGGCAAUUCUUUUGUCUCUUUUUUUUCCUAUUUUUUUUAUUUUUUAUUUUGUAAUCUUUAAUUUAUGUAGUACAAAUCUAUAUAAUUGAUUGUAAGAUUAAUAUAAUGUAAUGAAUCAAGUUUCUGUAUGAAUGAAGGAGUUAUUGAUUCUUU